AUGCCUCAAGUUUUUGCUGUUCCUGUGUUCCUGGUCGUCUUUCGUGAGACCCUCGAGACGGUCAUCAUCGUCUCGGUGCUGCUGGCCUUCCUCAAGCAGACUCUGGAUGGGCCUCAGCGAGAUGUGCAAGUGUAUAAAAAAUUAGUCCGGCAGGUAUGGCUGGGGACAGGCUUAGGGCUGCUGAUCUGCAUCAUCGUGGCUGCUGCGCUCAUCGGCACCUUCUACGGCAUCGGCGUGAACAAAUGGGACGGGUCCGAGUACUACUACGAGGGCGCCUUCUCCCUCUUCGCCUCGAUCGUCAUCACCAUCAUGGGCGCCGCCCUGCUGCGCAUCGGCAAGAUGCAGGAGAAGUGGCGCAUCAAGCUCGCCGCGGCCAUCGAGGCCCGCGUCAAGACCGGCCAGAAGGGCUGGUUCCGCCGCUUCGCCGAGAAGUACGCCAUGUUUGUGCUGCCGUUCAUCACCGUCCUGCGCGAGGGCAUCGAGGCCAUCGUCUUCCUCGCCGGCGUCACCUUCUCGGCCCCCGCGAGCGCCUUCCCCCUGCCGGUCGUCAUCGGCCUCAUUGUCGGCUGCCUAUGCGGCUACAUCCUCUACAAGAGUGGCGCCUCGACGAAGCUCCAGCUGUUCCUUGUCAUUUCGACAUGUCUGCUCUAUCUCGUCGCAGCAGGCCUCUUCACUCGCUCCGUCGGGUACUUCGAGCAGGCAAAAUGGAACAAGGUCAUCGGCGGCGAUGCCGCAGAGACUGGCACCGGCCCAGGAAGCUAUGACAUUGACAAUGUCGUCUGGCACGUCAACUGCUGUAGUCCCGAACUGAACGGUGGCGGCGGCUGGGGCUUCUUCAAUGCCAUCUUUGGCUGGAACAACACGGCGACCUACGGCAGCGUCAUCUCGUACAAUGUGUACUGGAUCUUUGUCAUCGCGUGCUUCCUCGUCAUGCGGUUCAGGGAGGUCAAGGGCCACUGGCCGUUCAUGAAGGCCAAGGCCAAGUCCAGCGCACAGGGCGAGCAGGAUGCACACAGCGACCACAGCGGCUCUGCUGAGGGGAAGGGACUUGAUGCUAGAGAGAAGGCUGUCUCGGCUUAG